UUUUUCUGCUUUUUUCCAGGGGACCAACGAGUCAACCCGACGCGAGGGAGGCCCUUCCUUGCCUCCGGCCGGUGUCCCAAGUCUGAGCGCCUACCAGAUCUUUAUGCCUCAGGGUGGCAUACACCAAUAGCAUUCGCAGACGGACGAAGACUGCAGUUUCAGGAGUCGAUCUCUUCGUCCAGGGGUCCAUCGGCGGGGCGACGCCGAGGGAGGGUAGAGCAGUCCAGCUGUGAUGGGGAUCUGGGAAGAUCAUGGUUGUUCGAGGCGGGUAGGGGACACACCUGUGGUCUGUGGCGGAAAGCGGGAGGAACGUUUGCCCAGAUAGUUGGCAAGGUCAAGCAGGCUUGA